CCACUGGAUACACGAGUUCGGCUGCCUCUUUCUCCUGGGAAGUCUGUGAGCAUGAAGCUGUGUCUGCUUCUCAUUAUUUCGCUGUUUGUGGUACUCACAGAUGGGGCACAACCCAAAAAAUGCUUUGAUCAGAUCACUGGCUACUGCAGGAAGCAAUGCAAACCAGGGGAAAUCUCUGAAGUAGAUUGUGCAAAUGAGAAAUUGUGUUGCGUUAAUGAAGAGGAAAAGAAAAACCUCAGGGAAUCUUCUCCUACA